AUGUGGUCAUGAGGGGGGAAGUCCAAAGGCAUCAUGGGAAUUUUUUGUUACUUCAGUUCAGUCCAACAACAGAAAUCUGAGCAUCCCUAUGGAUUUUCCAUUUAUGAGAAAGGUUUACUCAGAACUUACUACAGUCUUGAAAUGGUGACCUCAAACUAACAUUGAGGAACACAAUGUAGGACAUGCCACCAGGAUGUCCAUAAAACACAAAAGCAUAUCUCUGUUCCUACCACAACACUUUCAGUGAUCAGUCCUGGUUUUACAGUACAUGGACAUCCUACAGAGAUGGCAGAAGGCCCCUACACUGCAGCUACAGGUCAACAUUCUCUCUCAGGAGCCAUAGAAGCAACAAAUGUUUGUGGAGGCAAAGAACUCAGGCUUUACCCUCAUCCUGUCCAACUACAAUCCAAUCCAGGAUGGUCAGGAUAGAUUUAGAUACAAGGCAAGACAGAUGAGCUAUAUAGAUUUAAACAUACAACUCUUACAUAAUUAACAAAGCUGGAAAGCUAGAAUACUUUCAGUUGACAUUAUUUAUUUAAAUUAAAUGUGUUUCCUUUCCCAUUAAAGAAAACAAGACCUUUGGAUAUACUACCAUAGUGGUAGAAAUAGCUGCUCCUACACUUAAGGAACUUUUAAGCCAAAAAAUCUUAGACAGCAGCUACUCUAAAACUCCCUUCACUUAGCAAGAUGAGCCAAUGAGCAGCCAAUGAGGAGUCUUCUGAGUCAAGAGCGGGUACCCUUUUGGUGUAGCAGAAUAUUUGGGAAAUGAUUUCUUAUCCCUGUCCCUUAAUUCCUUCCGCCCCCCCCUCCUUCUCCCCUUCCUCCUCUUCCCCCUCCUCCACUUCAUCCUCCUUAUUUAUCUUUGCCCAUCCUCCUUUUACCUCUUACAGCAUCUUUCUGCCUAAUAUACUGAACCCUAACAAUUGCAUCUUCUUCUGUCUUCCUUUGGUUUCUGUUGGAAGGAAGGUUAAUUCAAAUCUGUAUAGCAUGGUUUUCUCAAGCCUUUUUUUCCCCCACUAUGCAUUGAUUUAAGAUUUUGUAAAUGCUGGGUGAAUUGAUACACAGUAUGUAUUUAACAACUCAAAUUCUUGUUCCCAACACCUUGGAAGGCUUAAUAAUAAUACACAUUGUUAGUGGCAAUAUCCCUUCGUAUUAGAAAAUGAAGUUAAAACUAUCACCUAUUGAGUUUACAUUUAGUCGAUAUCUAAUGAAAUCAUGUCCUCUCAGGAGAAAGUUGUAGAUGAAAGUGAGGGAAAGUCUCCAUAAGUUAUUUACAGGUUGGGUCAUCUUUGAAGCCAAAUUAAUGAUUUACGGGUAAAGCAAGCAGACUCAGGACAGAGGUGGACAGCUCAUUUUAAAAUAUUUCAUUUCUGCCCAUAUCUGUGCCAUGUUGAUAUAAGGGAAAGCUUUUUUGAACAGAUUUCUGUCUUCUUCCCUAAUCAGACCCACACUUUACAGCCAUAUAAACCUUAGCUCUCACAACCUAGCCCCUUACCACUUUGCUGUUGAAGAUGUUUGACUCUCACCUCCCAUCUUGUUCUUUAUCCAGUGGAUAACUGUUUUAUACUCUGGGUUUGAAAGGAAGUCAUCCUUGGCCAGUCUCUUAAAAUAGAGAGUUAGAGUCAGAAAGAAAGAAUGAGUGAAGGAAGAACGAAGAAGGGGGAAUGGUAGUGAGAGCCCCUCCCUAGCAUUCCAUCAAUAAUAGGGGCAGAUUCUUCAGAGCCAGAGAGGAUCGAUGCAAACAGGCUUCUAAUAGCUAGAAAGCAUCCCGUGUAUGUCCCUAAAGACUGUGCCAUCUGCCAAAACAUCAGCCUACAAAAGCCACCCCAGAGUGUUAGUAAGACUUAAAGAGAGGUCACCAGAAGGAAGUUCAGAAGCCAAAGUAUGUCUUUGAGCCCCUGGCAUCUGUGUAACUGAGCUAGGGGUCUUUCCCUCUCCAUUUUCCAGCUAAAGCUGGAGGUGUGUCUGGUUAGCCAUGUGCUCAUGAGCAGGUGAUUAUAACCCAUGUAAAGGACUGGAGAGAGUUCUGCUAUGAGGUGGGGCAUAAGUGACUGGUGGUCAACCACAUCCAUCCAUCCAGACCCUGGAAAGACAUCCAUAUUUCAAAGAGUACGUACACAAACACAGACUCAAACUUGGCACUUGUUAGUCUGUUCAACAGACUUGCGCCAGAUGAGCUAAGCUGUGACCUCUUGUCAGUAAAUGCCCCAGUCCUCUGGAGUGAAAUGGUUUAGAUGACAGCACAGUCAUGGCCGACAGAGGUCCAGACGAACUUAAGGGCUUGCCAGUACUGUCAGCAUGUGUUCUUUUAUUUUUUUAUUUUUUUCUUCUUUCUCUGGCAGCACUAAAAUAUGUUUUCUCAAAACAGAAUGAGUUGAAAACUAUUGGCAGGCAAAACUUCUUAAAAGAGAAGUGGGGAAGGAAGCAUGUUUUAUUUCUUUGGCAGACAUACCAAUUAAAACGGUACUGUGUUGUGACGGAUUACUGAGUAAUUAAUGCCUAAUUGAGCAUUUUUGCGAUAUGCUUCUGUGAAAGGGACGAGACUGUGGCUAGGCCAGCCACACCUUACAAAAGAAUAAGCCUUCCCUAAACUGCAUACAGUAGCAUGCUGUAUACAAGGAGCCACAAAACUAAAUAGAAGAUUGUUUUGUUUUGAUUUUUUAUUAUUUAAAUCUGAGAGCUGAGCUGAAAAAAUUAGCUUGGCAGGAAGAUCCUAACAUUGAAAAUCCUCCCGGGAUUUCAUGCUUUCCUCGUUUGUAAGCAAAGUCCAUUUUCCAUGAGAUAUUUUUAGCUCAUGUAUCCCCUGCUGCCCUAUUCUCUUUCAGUAUACCAUUAGAUCUUGAGGCCAUUCCAGAUGGAUCACGUGAUUUCUAAGUAGCCCUCUUUAGUUGCCUCCUAAGUGACUAGUCUUCCAGAAGUCAGGGAAUACUAGACACUUCACUACCAAAGAGCUCAGUGAGUUUCUGCAAAGCUUUAGUUCUUAUUGAUAGGAUGUUAUAAAAUGUUUUCCAGCUGUUUCUAAGAGGUCAGCUUGGCAGAGUGCACCGAGUGAGCUCAGAUAGAGAUUUUUCAGCCCUGUAAACCGACUAUGUAAAUAUAAAAAUGUAUUAGACUGCAGAACUAUGUGUGUGGGAACAGAACAACUGCACCAUUGAGAAGAAAUCACGGAGAACACUGCCAUCUCUCACAUGGUCUGUUAUCGCAUGCAUACUUCUUGGAUAAACCGUCUUGAUUUGGGGCACUCUACAUUUCUGAUGCUGAUCACUCUUCUGGAAUUUAUGCAAAGUAAAACCCCAACAGCUUAAUGAGGUAACCAGAAAAACUUUCUUCAGAAAGUGUUUACAUAUUUUAAACUAUCCUCAGUCAAUAUCCUGCUCAUUUGCUUCGGAAGAAAAGAAAGGCAGCAUGAAGUCCGAUUUCUAGUUGUUUAAUUUGAAGAAUGAUCUAUGGUGUGUGUGUGUGUGUGUGUGUGUGUGUGUGUGUGUGUGUGUAGUGUGUGUAGUGUGUGUUUGUGUGUGAGAGUGUGCAUAUGAGUAGGAAAGACAUUUAUCCAGAGUCUGAAGAAGGAAUCCAAGACAGUCAUUGUAAUAAACAGAAACCACGUUUUCAAACUGCACUGAGAAACCUUCGCUGGAUGAAGCGCUCUGAUGUUGUUGAGUGUGUUCAGUUUCCGUGGAUCAAAUCUUUCCCAUCUCUGCAUCCGAGCUAUUUGGCAGUGAUCAGAUGAUCAGAACUGGAGGAAGUGAUUGGAGGGUGAGCUGGCUGCAGCUGCCGUGUAGGCUCGUUCUCAGGGACAAGGAGCCACUGUUUUUCAAACAUCACAUCAACAUAGAAGUUAUUCUGUAGGCUCCAGGAUGCAGCGAUGGGCUGCACUCCCAGUAUUGUUCUGCUCCAAGCUUUCCGCUCUGUGGUCCAGAGGAGCUGUCCACACAUUUGCAGAAGACGCCAGGAGGAACCGUCCCAUGAAAUCGUGCCUCUCGAAAGUGACGACGAAAUGAUGAGCAGACCCAGAACCCUCCUCAUGCAGGAAAAGCCCAGACUCUUGGAUCCUUUGGAUUAUGAAACCGUCAUUGAAGAACUUGAAAAGACCUAUCGGGAUGAUCCUCUUCAGGACCUUCUGUUCUUCCCCAGUGAUGACUUCUCAACAGCCACGGUUUCUUGGGAUAUCCGAACACUCUAUUCGACGGUACCAGAAGAGGCAGAGCACAGGGCAGAAAGUCUGCUGGUGAAAGAGGCUUGUAAAUUCUACAGUUCCCAGUGGUACGUGGUAAACUACAAAUAUGAACAAUAUUCUGGAGAUAUUCGACAGUUGCCCCGAGCAGAACACAAGCCAGAGAAACUUCCUUCACAUUCCUUUGAGGUUGACCAUGAAGAUGCUGAUAAGGAUGAAGAUACCACAUCCCACUCAUCAUCCAAGGGCGGUGGGGGAGCUGGAGGUACUGGUGUGUUCAAGUCUGGCUGGCUUUACAAGGGGAAUUUUAACAGCACUGUGAACAAUACUGUCACUGUUCGGUCAUUCAAAAAGCGCUACUUCCAGCUGACUCAGUUGCCUGAUAACUCCUACAUUAUGAACUUUUACAAAGAUGAAAAGAUAUCCAAAGAGCCCAAGGGCUGCAUCUUUUUGGAUUCCUGCACAGGUGUAGUACAGAAUAACAGGCUGAGGAAAUAUGCCUUCGAGUUGAAGAUGAACGACCUGACCUAUUUUGUGCUGGCUGCUGAAACAGAGUCAGAUAUGGACGAAUGGAUCCACACACUUAACCGUAUCCUGCAGAUCAGUCCCGAGGGCCCACUCCAGGGAAGGAAAAGUGCAGAGCUUGCUGAGCUGGGGCUAGAUCCACUGGAUAACUGCGUGACUUGUGAAUGUACACUGGAGGAAACGGAUUCUUCAGAGAACAGCCUACAUCCUGACUUUGCAAAAUACCUCACAGAAACCGAAGACACUGUCAAAACAACACGAAACAUGGGCAGACUCAAUCUGUUCUCCCUGGACCCAGACAUAGACACCCUGAAGCUUCAAAAAAGGGACAGUUUUGAAAAUGAGUUGAUGAUCAAACCCUUUGAAGAGAAAGCUGCCAAAAGAAUCAUGAUCAUCUGUAGAGCUCUCAACUUCAAUCUUCAGGGAUGUGUUACAGAGAAUGAAUAUGACCCUGUAACCAAUAUUGAGCCCUUUUUUGUGAGCGUGGCACUUUACGACCUCAGAGAUAACAGGAAGAUCUCUGCGGACUUCCACGUGGACCUAAAUCACCCUGCUGUCCGGCAGAUGCUCUCGGGGACCCCACCGGCCUUGGAAAACGGCAAUAUUGACACCGGUACACCAAGACAAUCGGAAGAACCUCACAUAAAGGGCCUUCCAGAGGAAUGGUUAAAAUUCCCAAAGCAGGCUGUCUUCUCUGUGAGUGAUCCACACUCUGAAAUUGUUUUGGUGGCCAAAGUCGAAAAAGUCUUAAUGGGAAACAUCGGGAGUGGUGCUGAACCUUAUAUCAAGAAUCCAGACUCCAACAAGUUUGCACAAAAGAUUCUAAAAUCCAAUAGGCAGUUCUGCAGCAAAUUGGGGAAAUAUCGGAUGCCGUUUGCUUGGGCAGUGAGAUCUGUAUUUAAGGACAACCAGGGGAACGUGGACAGGGACUCACGGUUUUCACCACUGUAUAGACAAGAAAGCAGCAAGAUGUCGUCUGAGGACCUCCUAAAACUGGUGUCAGACUACAGAAGAGCUGACCGGAUAAGCAAAAUGCAGAGCAUCCCUGGAAGCCUGGAUAUUGCUGUGGACAACAUUCCCUUGGAGCACCCAAACUGUGUAACAUCGUCCUUUAUCCCUGUCAAGCCCUUCAACGUGUCGGCUCAGUCAGAACCUACAGUGGAGGUGGAAGAAUUUAUUUAUGACUCAACAAAGUAUUGCCGUCCAUACCGAGUAUACAAAAAUCAAAUUUAUGUAUACCCCAAACACCUCAAAUACGAUAGCCAGAAAUGCUUCAACAAGGCACGGAAUAUAACUGUGUGCAUUGAAUUCAAAAAUUCAGAUGACGAUGGAGCCAAGCCCAUGAAGUGUAUUUAUGGGAAACCUGGAGGGCCCCUCUUCACUUCCUCUGCCUACACGGCUGUGCUACACCAUUCUCAAAAUCCAGAUUUCUCUGAUGAGGUGAAAAUUGAACUACCAACACAACUCCAUGGAAAACAUCACCUUUUGUUCUCCUUUUACCACAUCACAUGUGACAUCAAUGCCAAAGCCAAUGCCAAAAAGAAAGAGGCUUUGGAGACAUCAGUGGGCUAUGCAUGGCUUCCUCUGAUGAAACAUGAUCAAAUAGCUUCUCAGGAGUACAACAUCCCAAUAGCAACGACCCUGCCUCCUAAUUAUUUAAGCAUUCAAGAUCCUACAAGUGCAAAGCAUGGUGGAAGUGACAUUAAAUGGGUCGAUGGUGGCAAACCGCUUUUCAAAGUGUCCACAUUUGUUGUAUCAACAGUGAACACUCAGGACCCACAUGUAAAUGCAUUUUUCCGUCAGUGCCAAAAAAGAGAAAAAGACAUGUCUCAGUCACCUACCUCCAGCUUUGUCCGUGCCUGUAAGAACUUACUAAAUGUGGACAAGAUCCACUCCAUCAUGAGUUUCCUGCCUAUCAUCUUGAACCAGCUCUUCAAAAUUCUAGUGCAGAACGAGGAAGAUGAAAUUACUGCGACCGUCACCAGGGUUCUGGCUGACAUUGUGGCCAAGUGUCAUGAGGAGCAACUAGACCAUUCUGUCCAGUCAUACAUUAAGUUUGUAUUCAAGACCAAAUCCUACAAAGAAAGAACAAUACAUGAGGAACUGGCUAAAAAUUUGAGUGAUCUUUUGAAGUCCAAUGACUCAACGAUAGUCAAGCAUGUUCUAGAGCAUUCUUGGUUCUUCUUUGCCAUUAUUCUAAAAUCAAUGGCACAGCACUUGAUUGACACAAACAAAAUUCAGCUUCCCAGAGCUCAAAGAUUCCCCGAGUCUUACCAAAGCGAACUAGACAACUUGGUGAUGGGCCUGUGUGACCACGUGAUUUGGAAAUGCAAGGAAGCCCCUGAGGAAACCAAAAGAGCAAACCACAGCGUUGCCAGAUUCCUUAAGCGCUGCUUUACAUUUAUGGACCGGGGAUUCGUGUUUAAGAUGGUGAACAAUUACAUCAGCAUGUUCUCUUCUGGUGAGUUUAAGACUUUAUGCCAGUAUAAGUUUGAUUUCCUUCAGGAAGUUUGUCAACAUGAGCACUUUAUCCCUUUGUGUCUCCCCAUAAGAUCUGCAAACAUUCCAGAUCCCUUGACACCUUCAGAAUCAAUCCGAGAGUUACAUGCCUCAGAUAUGCCUGAGUACUCAGUCACAAAUGAAUUUUGCCGCAAACACUUCUUAAUUGGAAUUCUUCUCCGAGAAGUUGGCUUUGCCCUGCAGGAGGACCAAGACAUCAGGCACUUAGCUUUAGCUGUCCUAAAAAAUCUAAUGGCUAAGCAUUCUUUCGAUGAUCGAUACAGGGAACCUAGGAAGCAGGCACAGAUAGCGAGUCUGUACAUGCCGCUCUAUGGUAUGCUCCUGGACAAUAUGCCAAGAAUCUACCUGAAGGACCUGUAUCCUUUCACCGUGAACACAUCCAAUCAGGGAUCUAGAGAUGACCUCAGCACUAAUGGAGGAUUCCAGACUCAGACGUCCAUGAAACAUGCAACUUCUGUGGAUACAUCAUUUUCCAAAGAUGUUUUAAAUUCCAUAGCAGCAUUUUCAUCAAUAGCUAUUUCUACAGUGAACCAUGCAGAUUCCAGAGCGUCCUUAGCGAGCCUCGACUCCAACCCAAGUACCACAGAGAAGAGCAGUGAGAAGACAGACAACUGUGAAAAGAUCCCAAGGCCCUUGUCUUUGAUUGGGUCAACGCUUCGGUUUGACAAAUUAGAUCAAGCAGAAACCAGGAGUCUUCUUAUGUGUUUUCUUCACAUUAUGAAGACCAUUUCAGAUGAGACUCUGAUUGCCUACUGGCAGAGAGCACCCAGUCCAGAGGUGUCAGACUUCUUCAGCAUCUUGGACGUUUGUCUUCAGAAUUUUAGAUACCUAGGGAAACGCAAUAUAAUAAGGAAAAUCGCUGCAGCGUUUAAGUUUGUGCAGUCAACCCAGAACAAUGGGACUCUGAAGGGAUCCAAUCCUUCCUGCCAGACAUCAGGUCUCUUGUCACAAUGGAUGCACACGACUUCUGGCCACGAGGGACAUAAGCAGCACAGGUCUCAGACUUUACCUAUAAUCCGAGGCAAAAAUGCACUUUCCAACCCCAAACUUUUACAGAUGUUGGACAACAGCAUGAACAGCAAUUCCAAUGAAAUAGACAUUGUCCACCAUGUUGACACAGAGGCCAACAUAGCCACCGAGGUCUGCCUCACUAUUCUGGACCUGCUGUCUCUCUUUACCCAGGUCCACCAGAGACAGCUCCAACAAUCCGACUGUCAAAAUUCACUCAUGAAAAGGGUCUUCGAUACUUACAUGCUGUUUUUCCAAGUCAACCAGUCAGCCUCAGCCCUGAAACACGUGUUUGCUUCUUUAAGACUGUUUGUGUGCAAGUUUCCGUCAGCAUUUUUCCAAGGGCCUGCUGACCUCUGUGGCUCAUUCUGCUAUGAAGUCCUCAAAUGCUGUAACCACAGGUCAAGGUUGACUCAGAUGGAAGCUUCAGCACUUCUAUACUUCUUCAUGAGGAAGAACUUUGAGUUUAACAAGCAGAAGUCAAUUGUCCGGUCUCACUUACAACUCAUCAAAGCAGUGAGCCAGUUAAUAGCUGAUGCAGGGAUCGGAGGGUCUCGCUUUCAACACUCCCUUGCAAUCACGAACAACUUUGCCAAUGGAGAUAAACAGAUGAAAAACAGCAAUUUCCCAGCAGAGGUGAAAGAUCUGACUAAACGUAUAAGGACUGUUUUGAUGGCCACAGCCCAGAUGAAGGAGCAUGAGAAGGACCCAGAGAUGCUGGUGGACCUUCAAUACAGCCUAGCAAACUCCUAUGCAAGUACCCCGGAGUUACGGAGGACCUGGCUGGAAAGCAUGGCCAAGAUUCAUGCAAGAAAUGGAGACCUGUCUGAGGCUGCGAUGUGUUACAUCCAUAUAGCUGCACUUAUUGCAGAAUACCUGAAGCGCAAGGGUUACUGGAAAAUGGAAAAGAUUUGCACACCACCCCUGCUUCCAGAAGACACCCAACCCUGUGAUAGCAACUUAUUACUAACAACUCCAGGCGGAGGAAGCAUGUUCUCUAUGGGAUGGCCAGCCUUUCUGAGCAUCACCCCAAACAUUAAAGAAGAAGGAGCAAUGAAAGAGGAUUCUGGAAUGCAAGACACCCCGUACAAUGAGAACAUCCUAGUGGAACAGCUGUAUAUGUGUGUGGAGUUCCUUUGGAAGUCUGAACGAUACGAACUCAUCGCUGAUGUCAAUAAGCCCAUCAUCGCUGUCUUUGAAAAGCAACGAGACUUCAAAAAAUUAUCAGAUCUCUAUUAUGACAUCCACCGGUCCUAUCUGAAAGUGGCAGAGGUGGUGAAUUCGGAGAAGCGAUUGUUUGGUCGUUACUAUAGAGUGGCGUUUUAUGGGCAGGCUGUGGGAUUCUUUGAGGAGGAGGAAGGUAAAGAGUAUAUCUACAAAGAGCCUAAGCUGACAGGGCUCUCGGAGAUCUCCCAAAGGCUUCUCAAGCUCUAUGCAGACAAAUUUGGAGCAGACAAUGUGAAAAUAAUUCAAGAUUCCAACAAGGUAAACCCCAAGGAUCUGGACCCCAAAUAUGCCUAUAUUCAGGUGACCUAUGUCACACCAUUCUUUGAAGAAAAGGAAAUCGAGGACCGAAAGACAGACUUUGAAAUGCAUCACAACAUCAAUCGCUUUGUCUUUGAGACACCCUUCACUCUGUCAGGCAAGAAGCACGGAGGAGUGGCUGAGCAGUGCAAGCGGAGGACAGUCCUGACCACAAGCCACUUGUUCCCCUACGUAAAGAAGAGGAUCCAGGUCAUCAGCCAAUCAAGCACAGAGCUGAAUCCUAUCGAGGUGGCAAUUGAUGAGAUGUCCAGGAAGGUCUCUGAGCUUAAUCAGCUGUGCACCACAGAGGAGGUGGAUAUGAUCCGCCUACAGCUCAAACUCCAGGGCAGUGUCAGCGUGAAGGUCAAUGCUGGGCCAAUGGCUUAUGCUCGAGCCUUUCUUGAAGAAACUAAUGCAAAGAAGUAUCCUGACAACCAAGUUAAGCUACUAAAGGAAAUAUUCAGGCAAUUUGCAGAUGCGUGUGGGCAGGCUCUUGAUGUGAAUGAGCGUCUCAUCAAGGAAGACCAGCUGGAGUACCAGGAAGAACUGAGGUCCCAUUAUAAGGACAUGCUCAGUGAACUGUCUGCCAUCAUGAAUGAGCAGCUCUGUCGUGGUCCAUGUCUAUACAGCUUCUGCGCCUCUGUGUCUAGCAUUUCCCUCAGUACUGUGAGCAAAAGUGGUACGUCUUUCUCUUUGUACGUCUAUCCUGUCCUGCAGCCUCCUGUCCACCCACCUCUCCUCAUCACUAGCCCUGUGCCCCAGUCAGCUUUGGUGGCUCAGCUACUGUUACGUCUUCAUUGCCACUUGAAAACGCGUCAUGUUGACAGCUUAGCUUUCAAAAAGAAAACUCAUGCUCCUUCCUCUCCUAAAUGUAUUUUUGAGCUCUUUCAAUUUUUCAAAACAAAGACCCAAAAUGUUUUCAUGAUACUUCAAAAUAUAAAAGAAAAACACAGGCCAGGUGUUGAAGAGGAGAGAAAUAGAAAAUGGUUGUUUUAUAAAGGAAACCUUUAACAAGAGAAGGAAAAUUUGGCUCUCUGCUUUCUGAAAAACCAAUCAAAGCGAGCAAUCUGAAGGGUUACACCAAUGUCCUUAUUCAGUAAAAGAAACACAUCUGUUGAAGAGAAAGGUGACUUUCCUGCUAGUCCUUGUCACACAGGUGACUUGAUAAUGGAGUAUUUUCCUUUGUCUGAAUGUGAACGUGCGUACUACAGAAGAAGAAGCACAGACAACUUACCAGCCUAGCUUGGAAAAUCAGAAAUAAUUUGAACCAACUGCCAUAGAAACAGAAACACAAAGUUAAUUACGCCAUAUGCACUCCCCCCCCCCCCCAGGGCCAAGAAAUAACCAUGUUGUUAGGGAGAAACACUCAUUACGAGAGGAACCAGGAUCAUGCCUCUAACAUACCUGUGGUCUCAGCACUUGGGCAUACAGGAGAACAGGAGCCGUUUGGGAUUUCCAUCGACUACACAGCAAGUUUGAGACCAGCCUGAGAUACACGAGAUCCUUUCUCAAAAAGAAAAACAGGAUGAGAACAGCUGGAGAGGCCAGGGAGGUGAUUUGUUGGUUGAAGACUCUUGCCUGAAGCCCGAUGGGACCCACGUGGUAGACAGAGGGAACAGACUCCCCCAGGCUGUCUUCCAGCUUCCACAUGCAAGUGUCACAUGUGCAUGCAUGCCCAUCCAUGCACUCAUUUAAAAAAAUAAAUAAAUAAAAACAGAAGAAACAGAGCCAAAUGUUGGUGUGUAAAAUGGAGAUGUGGAAAACAAGUACUUUGAAUUGGUAGUGACAAGGCACCCCUUCCUUUAAUAGGCAGCCAGAAAUUCAGUUUCAUAAACAGCCUCAAACCAAAUCCAUGAAGACCUUUCCUUGGCUGGGGCCAAUGGAACUCAUACAAGCAUGCAAA